AUGAAUGCCCUAUGGUGCCCUGUGGAGCCCCGCUGCCUCUCACCGACCCCGUCGGAACCCGGUCGGUCGGUGCGUGCGCCGACGCCGGAUCGUUGUGUUCACGAAGAAGGCGGUGAGUACUCUCAGUCCGGCAGAAAAUCAAUUGAGGUCCAACAACGCGGCUCGGCUGUUCGUUCGAUGCUUUGGUUGAGGUUUGAGCUUCGUCCAGACUGUGUGCUUGGUCUGAAGUACCACAACUGCCUGACUGAGGACGCCUCUCGGUUCGCAUCAGCAACAGCAGCAACGACAUCCACCACCAUGCAGUCACUGCCACUGGCGAGGCCUGCAUCAUGGCGCCUCAUGAACCAGCUGGCCCGCCCCUCCCCGACACCAUUGGCGGCACGACGACAUCUCCAACUAGCUAGCUCCCUCACUUGGCAGCUUCUCCGUCCUUCUUCCCCAUCUUCUCGACUCUACUCUUCUUCGAACUCUCCUCCACCUCCCCCUCCCCCUUCUCCGCCGCCGAAGCCUUCCGAAUCCGAAUCAAACCCCGACUCUACAAAAUCCAGCUCGGAUCCGCUCAUCGAGUCCAGGCCAGACCCGGUUACAACAAAUUCCCCACAGCCCUUCCUGCGGGAUGGCUCGUUACCAAAGUCCGAAAGCACCACAAGCAGACCGUCAUCCUCCCCCUCCUCAAAAGAUGCGUCCUCUCCAUCUUCCUCCGACGCGCCCCCCUCCUCCCGGACGCCGUCCCCGUUCGACCAGCUCUCCUCGCGCGUCCAGUCGAGCCAGCUGCUGACGACGACGAUCCCUCGCCUCAUCGACACGCUGCAGGUCCGCCUCCUGACAGCCUCGCAGACCCUCAACGAUCUGACGGGCUACACAUCGAUCGAGCGCAUCAAGACGCAGAACGAGGCGCUCGAGACGUCGCUCGCCGCAGCCCACCAGCGCCUGCGGGCCACGCGCCAGUCUUACAAGAAUGCGACGGGCGACCGCGCCGCGACGCAGCGCGAGACGACGACGUUGCUCGCGCGGGAAAGAGUCGCAUUCCUCUCUGAACCCGCGUUGUGGAGAGACCGAGCAGAAGACUUGUAUAGCGAGCGCAGAAUCGACCUGCGCAUGCGGGAUGCAUCGAUCCUGGCACUCCAAGGCGCUGCAGCGGGUGCCGCCGUCGCCUCCGGCGUCGUCUUUAUGCUCCUGAGGCGGACGUAG